UGCACAGUUGUCUUCUCAGUUUUCUUUUACUUUCACCUUUACAUAUAAACAAUUUGAAAACCAGUUCUUGAAGUAUCUUUUUUAAUUCUUUUGCAGAAAGUUAUAAAGCUUCGCAUUUUGAGCUUUUCUCUUUUCUUCUCUUACUUCUUUUUUCUCUCUAAACCCUAGAUAUGAGCUGAAUUUUUCUGGGAAAUUGAAAUUGCAAGCAAAAAUUGGAGCCUUUUAUCUGCUAAUUAGGGUUUGGAUUUGGGUGUUUUUUAACCAUGGAGGCAAUGUUAUCCGCCAAUGAUGAGCAGAACAUGGUCUCUUCCUUUCUCGAGAUCGCCGUUGGCCAAACUGCCGAGACCGCUAGACAGUUCUUGCAGGCCACUAGUUGGAAGCUUGAGGAAGCACUUCAGCUGUUCUAUGUUGGCAAUGAUGUUGGGCCAGUUGCAUCUGCAUCACAUUCUCCCCCCACUGAAAAUGCUAAUCCCUGGGCUGAUGAAAAUGCUGGUGGAGUGAAGGACGAUGAAAAUAAAAAUGUUGGACAAGAUGGUGGAGAGGAAGUGCGUGCUCCUUUGCCAGUUGUGAGGGAUACUCUCUAUGAUGAUGCAAUGUUUUAUAGAGCAUAUAGGACAGGAUAUCCUCCACAAGAAUCCGGUUCACUGAUUGCUUUUCGCAACUUUGAAGAGGAAAUGAAACGCCCUGGGGUUUGGGAAUCAGACCAAGGUGCUACCUCAACAGCGGAAAACCCCCGGGAUAAUCUUGCAUCUUUGUAUAGUCCUCCAUUUCGUCUCAUGUUCCAGGGUUCAUUUGAAAAGGCCAAAGGUGCUGCUUCUGUUCAGGACAAAUGGCUCCUGGUGAAUUUACAAUCCACAAAAGAGUUCAGCUCCCAUAUGCUUAAUCGGGAUACAUGGGCAAAUGAAGCUGUUGCUCAAACCAUCAGUACUAAUUUUAUCUUUUGGCAGGUUUAUGAUGAUACAAGUGAAGGCAAGAAAGUCUGCACCUAUUACAAAUUGGAUUCUAUUCCUGUGGUGCUUGUCAUUGACCCCAUAACAGGACAAAAGAUGCGUGCAUGGAGUGGAAUGAUACAGCCUGAGAGUUUGCUAGAGGAUCUAGUGCCAUUCUUGGAUGGUGGCCCGAGGGAGCAUCACUUAACUCUGUCACAUAAACGUCCAAGGGGAAGUUCUCAGGCGCCACAGAAAAACACAGCAUCCUCAAAUGCUACUAAUAAAGAAGAUGAGGAAGUGCAACGGGCAUUGGCUGCUUCUCUGGAUGGCAUGAAAGACUCAAAUGUGAUGGCUUCUGACAAUAAAGGUGCAACUACGGCUGAAAAGGGGGAAGAUACAUACUCAAUUAAAAAACCCACGUAUCCACCACUGCCUGAAGAACCCAAAGGUGACAGUAGCCUUAUGUGCAGGGUUGGACUUCGUCUCCCUGAUGGACGCAGGGUCCAAAGACAUUUCCUAAAAACUGAUCCAGUACAACUGCUAUGGUCAUUCUGCGUUUCUCAACUAGAAGAAGCCAGUAGAAGGCCAUUUCGUUUGACACAAGCAAUCCCAGGAGCAAAGACUCUGGAUUAUGAAAGUAAAUUAACUUUUGGAGAGUCAGGGCUGGCCAAUUCUAUGAUGUUAGUUGCUUGGGAAUGAAAAUCCGCCAUAAGCAGCUUAUGAAUUUUGCUGCGAAGAAAUUUGAAUGGGAAUUAUCUACAUCCAUAUUUUCUUCACUUUUGCUUGCUCUCUCCAGAGUGUUGCUCAGAAUUCUCAAGUGGUACCUUGAUUUAUUUAUUAUGUAAAUUCUCCCUGUAUCAGACUCGAUCUUAUAGCUGUUUAUGGCUCAUGCUGCAAGUGCAAGCAGUUAGGAAUUCAAACUUAAAAUCUCUAAAUCUUUGUUUCCUUCCUUUUGACUGUAAUUGAAAGAAAGUGUUUUUAGAUACUC